AUGUUGAAGCGAGGUCAUGGAGGGUCGGCUGGAAACAAGUUCAGAAUGUCGCUAGGUCUGCUAGUCGCAACGACUAUGAGCUGUGCGGACAACACUCGCGCUAAAAAUCUCUACAUUAUUUCAGUGAAGGGGAUCAAGGGCCGAUUGAAUCGGUUGCCUUCGGCGUGUGUUUGGGACAUGGUGAUGGCUACUGUGAAGAAAGGGAAGCCUGAUCUCCGCAAGAAGGUCAUGCCCACAGUCAUUGUUCGCCAGCGCAAGCCAUGGCGCCAGAAGGAUGGCAUCUACAUGUACUUUGAGGAUAAUGCGGGUGUUAUCGUGAAUCCUAAAGAAGAAAUGAAAGGUUCUGCCAUCACUGGUCCAAUUGGUAAGGAGUGUGCUGAUUUAUGGCCAAUGAUUGCUGGUGCCACCAAUGCAAUUGUCUAA